AGGGUGUUAGGGGAUUAUGGAAAGGUGUUGACUCAGGUGUGUGUGUGUGUAUGUCGGCAACAUUUCUCUCCCGUGCUCCCCCUGUCUCCUCACCCAGCCUUGCCAUGUCCCUCCUCUGCGUGGCCUGAACGUCAAGAAUGGAUAUCGGGGGGCUGACCACCGUGGUGGCAAAUUCCGCCUACAUCAACGCCCGCGGGAGCAUUGACGGAUCCAAUUCGGCGGUGACCCGGGACAAGAAGUACCACUCCCGCCUGAAGCUGCCUCACAUCACGGUCUGUGAGGAACUGAGGGACACCUUGGAUUUGGGUUUUGACGGCGUCUGCGUGGAGCAGCCCAUCGGCAAACGCCUCUUCAGGGAGUUCCUGGACGCCAACAAAGAGUAUCACGGCGCCUGUCGUCUCUGGCGGGACAUCGAGGACUAUGACCUGGCGGAGGACUCGGACCGAGUCAAGAAGGCUUCCAAGAUCGUGCAACGCUACAUGGACCCCUCGGCCAAACACUUUUGCCCGUUCCUCUCUGAGGCCACCAUAGCUAGGGUGAAGGAGGCCCAGGAGGCCGCAGGGGACGACUUGUUCACGGCGACUUUGGCCACGACGCUGGACUAUUUGCGAGAGGCGCCCUACGCUUUCUUCCUGGAGAGCAUGUACCUGAAGAGGUUCCUCCAGUGGAAGUGGCUGGAGAUGCAACCUAUGGACGUGGACUGGUUCCUGGACUUUCGUGUGCUCGGGAAAGGAGGCUUUGGCGAGGUGUCGGCGUGUCAGAUGAAAGCCACGGGAAAACUUUACGCCUGUAAGAAAAUCAACAAGAAGAGGCUGAAGAAAAGGAAAGGCUAUGAGGGGGCGAUGGUGGAGAAGAGGAUCCUGGAGAAGGUCCACAGUCGCUUCAUUGUGUCGCUGGCGUACGCUUUCCAGACAAAGGAGGAGCUUUGUCUUGUCAUGACCAUCAUGAACGGAGGAGAUCUCAAGUACCACAUCUACUUGGUGGAUGAGAACAACCCGGGCUUCGACGAGCCCAGAGCUUGUUUUUACGCCGCACAGAUCAUCCAAGGCUUGGAGCAUCUUCACCAGAAGAGAAUCAUCUACAGAGAUCUCAAACCUGAGAACGUUCUCCUCGAUAACGACGGAAACGUACGCAUAUCUGAUCUGGGCCUCGCCGUGGAGUUGAAAGAGGGAAAAACCAUGACUAAAGGCUACGCUGGAACGCCAGGGUACAUGCCUCCAGAGAUGCUGAAAGGAGAGAAGUAUGACAUGUCAGUGGACUACUACACUCUGGGAGUGACCUUGUUCGAGUUCAUAGCAGCCAAGAAUCCAUUCAGAAACCGAGGGGAGAAGCUGGAACGUGAGGAGAUGAAAGAGCGAGUACUGACCCGCCAGGUGGUCUACACGGACAGCUUCAGUGACAACGCCAAGUCCCUGUGCAGCGCGCUGCUGGCUAAAGAAGUGGAGAAGAGGAUGGGCUUCAAGAACGGGAGCUGUGACGAGAUCAGGGCGCAUCCUUUCUUUCGUGACAUCAACUGGAGGAAGCUGAACGCAGGCAUCCUGCCUCCUCCGUUCGUCCCUGACCCCAAAGUGGUGUACGCUAAAAGUCUGGACGACGUCGGCGCCUUUUCCUCGGUCAAGGGAGUCGCCCUGGAGGACCCGGACAAGAGCUUUUUUGACGAGUUCUCCUCGGGCAACAUCCCCAUCCCCUGGCAGGAGGAGAUGAUCGAGAUGGGAAUUUACGGGGAGCUGAACUUGUGGGGCCCUGAAGGCAGCGUCCCCAACGACCUGCGCAGGGAGUCCAUACUAGAGCAGCCCAAGUCCUCUACGUGCUGCGUCUCCUAAUAUCCUCGCUCAGGACCGCCUCCUUCGGACUUUGUGGCAUCGCAGGAGAUGCGUGGAGGCCCAUCUCUCACCGCUAUCCUUUCCUCUUUCUUCUCAAUAUUUCUCCCUAUUUCUUCUUCCCAUUACUGUAAAAUAUUGACUUUCCUUAGUUAUUCCUCGACUGUACUCUUUACUGUACUCUUUGCAACUAUGAAGGCUGCGUUCACACCUGUCACGUUUGCUUUGGUUAAACAAAGACUGUGUUUGCUCUGCUGGCAUAAUUAAGAACACCUUCAUAUGAAUCCUAAUGUGCACUAAGCAAGUGGACCGAGACCACUUGCAAGUAAACUCUGCUGCGGUUCGGCGAAUGUGAGUCCUAUACGGACCAAGAUGCAGACCAGUGGUGCAAUAACACAUGUAGGAGAACAUGUAUUCUCUCUUUCUCUUUCUCUUUCUCUUU